UACUCUCUAGUGUUCGGUGUUGAAGCCGUGUUACCAUUGGAGAUUGAACUACCGUCACUCCGGGUAGCAAUUCAGAAUGAUCUCACUCAAGAGCAAAAUGCCCGCCUCAGAAUGGAAGAGCUCGACGCACUUGAUGAACGCAGGUUACAAGCCCAACAAAAUUUAGAAAUCUACCGAGGAAGAAUGGCAAAGUCUUUUGAUCGAAUGGUGCGUCCUCGAUCAUUUCAAGAAGGAGAAUUGGUCCUGGUGCUGAGAAGACCAAUCAUCCCACACCGAA